AAGUCGAGAAACCUUGGUGUGUGUACAGUACAAGUAGCUCCAUUUUUGCAUAAUCACCCGAAACUUGGCACCAGGGCUGAAUGACUCUCCUGGAACCUUUUCAAGGUGUCACAAGGUUUGGGUUGACAAUUUUUCAGCUUCAGAGUGGGGGGGUUACCGUAUUCAUGCCCGUAUGGCAGAAGAGACGGUGGUGCAUCGGCGAUUUGGGGAGAAUUCUGUACAUUUUUGUUUUACCUGCCGAUAGCCGCCCGAGCAAGUCUGAUCUCGUUGACAUAUAUCUGGGGUUGCUGGCCUGGUCCGAGUAUCCGAGUCCUCCUGCGGUAGCUCUGGUCUGACGUGGGCACUUACGAUACUGGUAGCACCGUACGGCAGGCUAAUCUGGUACUGACGCUGCAAACAUCAGAGAACCGCAUUAAAGAAACAAACGCAAAAAUCUCAUCGCCACUCUUGGUAUCUUAAACAUGCUUUAUCCUCGCUACCCUAUCACUAUACUCACCAGCAUCCUCUACAUACUAUGCGCUGCGAGAGCACAACCCCGGGGUGAUAAGUACCUACUUGGGGUCGGCAAGGCUGAUGUUACCGGUCCCGUGGUAGAGAUUGGAAUGAUGGGAUAUGCCUCGUUGGACCAGAAAGGAACAGGACUUCGGCAAAGGCUUUUCUCGAGAGCAUUUAUCGUUGGAGACAUCAACCAGCCGAAUAAUAAUUUUGUCUAUGUUAUCGCAGACCUCCAAAGCGGCGAUACGGCGAUUAGGAAUGGAGUUCUGGAAAAGCUUCGAGCCUUAUAUGGUGACCUCUAUACGCAGUCAAACGUUGCUAUUGUGGGAACCCACAGCCACUCUGGCCCAGGUUGGUUCCAUCCAUUCACCUCGUGAUCGAUUAAUAUCUACAUUUAGGGUUUUAGGUUGACAUUCCUGCGAUUGGCUAGGUGCCUGGCUCAAUUACCUCCUACCGCAAAUAACGACCCUCGGGUUUGACUCGCAGUCUUACACUGCUAUCGUUGAAGGGAUUGUUAGGUCCAUAGAACGCGCCCAUGGAUCACUGACACCAGGUUACCUUUCUCUCGGCAAAGGUCUCAUCCAGGAUGCAAAUGUCAACCGUAGCCCUUACGCUUAUGAGGCCAACCCAGAGAGUGAGAGAGCAAGUUACGAAGGCAUCGGAGGGCAGGUGGAUAAAGAAAUGACGGUUCUCUCAUUUGAGGACGAAAGUGGCAAGCCAAUGGGGCUAGUGGUCAUUUUGUUUUCCCAGCCUUUGCUAGGUUGUGAUCGCUAAUGUCCGUCUUUAGGCUUCUGAAUUGGUUUCCUGUCCACGGAACCUCACUAUACAAUAACAAUACACUCAUUUCUGGAGACAACAAAGGCCUUGCUGCCCUAAUGCUUGAGAAGGAUUUUGGUGGGUCGUUCGUUGCCGGGUUUUCUCAAGCAAACGUCGGCGAUACAUCACCCAACACCGAGGGACCUAUAUGCCAGGACACGGGGCUUCCUUGUAGAUACGAGGAUUCGACCUGUGGGGGCAAGACCCAACAAUGUAUUGGCAGAGGCCCUGCUUUCCGAAUCUCGGACACUGAAUCCUGUCGUAUAAUUGGCGAGAAGCAGUAUCUGGGCGCUAAGGCAAUUUACCAUAGUCCAGGCCAAGCAUCAGUAGCGGGAGAUGGUGGUGUUGUGAGAAGCUUCCAUACCUUUGUCGACUUUUCGGACUACACGUUCCAACUAUCGGACGGCACAACCAAGAAAACCUGUAAGGCAGCUCUGGGAUUUAGUUUCGCUGCCGGGACAACUGAUGGGCCGGGAGCCUUUGACUUUACCCAAAACGACCCGGAUGCACCGAGUAAUCCAUUUUGGCUGUUAGUCAGAAACUUUUUAAGGGCGCCAAGCAAGGAUCAAGUUGAGUGUCAUAAACCCAAACCCAUACUAUUGGACGUUGGGGAGAUGGACAAACCUUACCCAUGGUAUAUAACUCGCAAAUUCUAAGAGAAUAUACCUCUAGCGGUGGGAAGGUAGAGCUAAUACUCGCAUGCUAGGACUCCCAACAUUGUCGAUAUACAAAUGUUCCGCGUUGGACAGCUUGCUAUCAUCAUUUCGCCUGGUGAGGCGACUACUAUGUCCGGACGUCGAUGGAAGAAGGCCGUGGGAAAGGAGUUGAACAACACAGGAAUUGUUAGCAGUGGGGAUAGCUGGAUAGUGCUUGGUGGGCCGGCAAACAGUUAUACACAUUACAUUGCAACUCCCGAAGAAUACGCCAUCCAAAGAUAUGAAGGGGCUAGUACCCUUUACGGGCAGUUUACGUAGGCGCCCUUAUCUUGUUGUGGUCAUUUUGGGCUUACCGACUACUUUGUGCGAUAUAGGCUGGAUGCGUAUAUUUCGCUGUAUAAGAAGUAUAUCCCUUAUCUCGGCGCAACCCCACCAUCCACUCCCAUACCCCCGGGGCCCUCGCCACCGAUAAACACCAACACCUCGAUAUCGCUUAUCAGAGGGGUUGUCCACGAUAGCCCGCGCCUCGGGAAAAGGUUUGGUGAUGUUCUUACAGAUGUUACUUCUGCUCCGUACUCGAGCGGAAACCUAGUAAAGGCAGUUUUUGUGGGAGCGAAUCCCCGAAAUAACCUCAGACUCGGUGGUACAUACGCAGCAGUUGAAAGGAACAAUGGGGGUACGUGGAGCAGAGUCAGGGAUGAUACCGACUGGAAUUUGGUUUAUCAGUGGAAGAGGACGGAAUGGCUAAGUGGCCAGAGUGAGGUUACAAUUAGUUGGACCAUUGAGCAGGGAACUCCGGCUGGGAAGUACAGGAUCAAGUAUUAUGGGGAUUCAAAGAGUCCCUUUACCGGGAAGAUUACUGCAUUUGAGGGAACUUCUGGAACGUUCAGGAUAGGUUCCACGCGGACUACGAUAUGUCUAUCGUACUUUAUCAUACGAAGAUACUUGUAUAGUAUAUCAUUGCCCACUGAGUGCGUAUUAAUGGAGCCCUACUAUCAAGGCUAGUUUGGGGAAUUGUUUCGGUUUUAUUUUUUUGGGCUCCUGGCGUUUUUUUUGGUGCAAUUUGGCCGAUUCAGGAGGGACUUGGAUCCCAAUUGUGCUGGCGUUAUGUUGAGUGUGUUAACUAAGUGUAUGAUCGCGCCUGUUAGCUUCCACAGUGUUUAAGAGGGCAGUAUGUAGAUUAAAGAAGUCGUUCGCAUCCCG